CCGAGAGUCGACCCCUGGGCUGGGGUCUCGGCGGCGCCGAUCGGCGUCCGGGGCCCUGGGGCGAUCCCUACCCUGCGCCGCCCGGGUCUGGCGCGGCUUCGGCGCGGGGGGCGCUGGGCUUCCUCCGCGGAGGCCGGGCAGGCAGGGACCGGAGACGGCUGCUGGGGCUUCCCGGGGCGCCGGCGGUUCCCGGGGCCCUAGGAUGGCGCAAAAGAAAUAUCUCCAAGCAAAACUGACCCAGUUUUUAAGGGAAGACAGAAUUCAACUUUGGAAACCUCCAUAUACAGACGAAAAUAAGGAAGUUGGUUCGGCAUUGAAGGACCUUGCUAAGAAGUACUCCGACAGGCUCGAGUGCAGUGAGCACGAGGUGGAGAAGAUCAUCGAAGAAAUACGCUGCAAAGCGGUCGAGCGUGGCGCAGGCAAUGAAAACUAUAAGACCACGGGCAUGGCCACGAUCGAGGUGUUUUUACCUGCGCGGGUGAGGAAAGACAGGAAGAAGCUCUUGGAAACUCGGUUACACAUCACCGGCAGGGAGCUGAGAUCUAAAAUAGCCGAAACCUAUGGAUUCCAAGAAAACUAUAUCAAAAUUAUCAUAAAUAAGAAACAACUGCAACUAGGGAAGGCGCUGGAGGAGCAGGGCGUGACGCACAACGUGAAGGCCAUGGUGCUGGAGCUGAAGCAGUCCGAGGAGGACGUCAGGAAGGACUUCCAGGUUCAAGAGGAAGAGCAGAACAAAGCUGAACAAAAGGAAAAGAGGAUUCAGAGGACGAAGAGGGGACUAGAGAUCCUGGCAGAGAGAGCUGAGACGGUGGACCCUGAAACCAUGCCGUACUUGGAAAUAGCUAACCAGACGGGCAGGUCCAUCAAAAUUCCUCCCGCAGAAAGAAAGGCGCUCACGCUCGCGAUGGGCUAUCACGAGAAGGGCCGCGCGUUCCUGAAGAGGAGGGAGUACGAGAUGGCCCUGCCCCUCCUGCUGGACGCCGACAGAUACUUCUGUGAGUGCUGCGAGGAGCUGCUGGACACGGUGGACAACUACGCGGUGCUCCAGCUGGACAUCGUGUGGUGCUACUUCCGCCUGAAGCAGCUGGAAUGCCUGGACGACGCAGAGAAAAAAUUAAACCUGGCCCAGAACUGCUUUAAGAAUUGCUAUGGAGAAAACCACCAGCGACUGGUCCACAUAAAAGGAAAUUGUGGGAAAGAGAAGGUGUUGUUUUUGAGACUUUACUUGCUCCAAGGUAUCCAAAAUUAUCACAGCGGAUUUGGUGAAGAGGCUCGUGAGUAUCUCAACAAGGCUCGUCAGCUCUUCAAGGAGCUCUACAUCGACCCAACAAAAGUCCACAACUUGCUGCAGUUGGGGUUCACGGCCCAGGAAGCCCGGCUCGGCCUCCGGGCCUGUGAGGGGAACGUGGACCACGCGGCCACCCACAUCACCAACCGCAGAGAGGAACUGGACAAGAUCCGGCGCGAGGAGAAGGAGAGGCGGAGUGCCCGCCUGGAGAACAUCAAGUGCUUGAAAAAGAUGGGCUACCCCGCUCACGCGGCCAAGAAGGCCCUCCAUCAGGCCGGCGGGAACCUGGACGCGGCCCUGAAGAUUCUGCUCAGCAACCCUUCCAUGUGGAUCGGGGACUUCGGCCCCCAGACCAGCAGCCACGGAGAAAGCCCCUCGCAGGAGAAUAUCGACCAACUGGUGUACAUGGGCUUCGACACGGCCAAGGCCGAGGACGCGCUCAAAGUGUUCCGGGGGAACGUGCAGCUGGCGGCGCAGACCCUGGCGCACAACGGAGGCAGCCUCCCUCCCGACCUGCAGCUGGCGGUGGGGGACUCCUCUAUGCCGUCCGCGUCCCCCUCCGACUCCGCGUCCCCCUCCGACUCCGCGUCCCCUUCCGAGUCCGUGUCCCCCUCCGACUCUGCAGGGACCUCCAGCGCCUCCACGGACGAAGACAUGGAGAUAGACGCGGUCAACGAGAUCCUGGAGGACAUCCCGGAGCACGAGGAGGACUACCUGGACUCCACCCUGGAGGAGGAGGAGGUCAUCAUCGCCAAGUACCUGUCCUACGUGGAGAACAAAAAGGCGGCAACGAAGCAAAACUAAGUGAUGGACAGAAGGAAGCGCUAAGUUUCUGCUCAUAAACUCUAUCGUUACGAAAAGUGUAAUGCAGGUCUUUUUUUUCCCUCUUGCUUUGUACCUGGUUUUGCUCUGGAGCGCUCCCUGCUCGGGCGGGCGGGCGGGGCCCGGGACUCACAGGGCCAGAGGAGAGUCGGGGUGGGGCCAGGGCGCUGGUCCCCCCACCCCUGCGCCCAGAAGCGGGCAGGACUGGAGAACAGGCGGGGACGAGCUCAGACUGGGGAAGAGAUGGGGGCGGGGCGCGCUCCCGUCCGCCCGCGGCUCGCCUCGCCCUCCUUCCUCCUUCCCCUGACGCAGCUCUGCCUUCCCGCUUCCCGGUCCGCCCGCCCCCGGACGGCCUCCGCGUCUCCAGCAUCCCCGGUGCUUUGGGGGCGCAAGGACGGCCAGAGCGGCGGGUGCACCCGCCACCCCCUUGUGCCGCCGCCACCCUCGCCCGCCACGUCGGUGUCUCCUGCUCUCAGUGUAGUGAAAUGCGCACUUGAAACGCAAGGUCGAAGUUCAGGAUUUGCGUGUGUUCAAAAUCCUUGACGAAAUAAAACCUUUUAUUAAAUAGG